AUUCCGGUUGGGAAAUGUGGGAAAUGUAGUUUGGGAAUCCUCAGUGUGCAAGAAUAACUUCCUCUGCAGGAGACUGUUCUCCCCGCAACCUUCGGGAAUUCUGGGAAGUGUAGUCCUGGCUGCCUAUGCGGGAAGAGUCACUUCCGCCCCAGGUGUGUGAGGCCUUGUUCUGUUCCUUUCAGAAAGGUCUCCAUCAUUUCCUAGAAAAAGGGAGGAGAAAAUGACCAAAUUGCAGGAGAUGGUGACCUUCAGGGAUGUGGCCGUAGUCUUCAGCGAGGAGGAGCUGGGGCUGCUGGACGCUGCCCAGUGGAAGCUGUACCAAGAGGUGAUGCUGGAGAACUUCAGGAUGCUGCUCUCAGUGGCACAUCAGCCCUUCACACCGGGUCUGAUAGCCCAGCUGGAGAGUAGAGAGCAGCUUUGGAUGGUGGAGGCUGAAGCCCAUGCAGGUGGACUUUCAGGACAUGCUGUGGAGAACGCUGAAGACGUGGAAGUAAACUCCCUUUGUCCCAAGGAACUCUCCUUCUGUCAGACCUGGCUGUGGGAUGCAGGCACAUUAUCCAGUGGUCAAGAGUUCAUAAAAAGAUGCCAAGGGAGUAAUGGUGAAUCUCAGAGCCAAGAAGCUUCCCCUCGCCUGGUGUGGGCAGGAAUGCCCAUGCAGAUUUCUGAAGACGGGAAUUACGGGUUGCCUCCUGCACUCGAAGGCUCUGCUUCAAUGAAAAAUCAAGAGUUUCCUUCUCUGAGAUCCCAGCAGUCUUGGGGGAAACCAUAUCUUGGCAGGCCAUGUGUGACAUGCCAGUGGAAAGGUCAGCAAACAUCCAUAAGAAAUCACUUCUGUAGGUAUGGCAGUGUCCGCUGUUCCUCCUAUCACAGUGACAAUGAGGAGCUAUACAGCAAAGGAAAAAGCUAUAGUUUCCAUGACCACAGAGGAAAGACGGUGAAGGUAUCGUUACUUAACCAGGACUUUAUUGAAUUAGGGCCAGAGCCCUGCCCACGUACCAAGUACAGAGAAGCCUGGGGCCAUGACGACAAUGACCACAGCUCUCACACACAUCAGCAGUGCCACUCAAGAGGGAAGCCGUGUACACGGAGUCUGUGUGGAGAGGGCUGUGGUGAUAGGUCAGCCCUCCAUGGUCAUCCAGGUCUUGAGGCAGGAGAUGAAGGUGCUGAUGGGAGCCCACCUCUGCAGUCUUCUCCAAGAGUGUGUAUGGAGCAAGUGCCACGCGAGUGCAGUGGGAAUGUCCACUAUGGUUCCCCUCUUAACACUUGUGGGUGUGCCCACCAAGGCAACACCUCCCAGAAAUGCAGCAUCCCCAAGCAAGCUAUUGGUAGUCCUGUCCACCGCAAUAAUACCUUUAGGGCUCAUCCUAGGGAAGAGCCCAAUAAUUAUGAGGAGAAUGGGAAUGUUUUUAAUCAGAGUUCAUGUCUUCAAGUUAGUCAGAAAAUCGGUGCUGAAGAGAAGCUAUGUCAAGGUGUGGAGUGUAGAAAAAAUUUCACACACUGCUCAAGUGUGAACAUUCCACACAGAGUCCAUGUGGAGGAGACUCUGUGUAACCCUGAUUGUGAUAACCACUUCAGUUUGCCCCCACAUUUUCAGGACUUUCCAGGAGUGCAUGCCAGGGAACAACCAUACAAUCGUUUGUGCCGUACCAGCUUCAGUCAAACUUUGUGCCUUCAAGGCCAUCAGAAACUCUACAUUCGAGAAAAGCCUUCUCAUAGAGAGGGUGGAAGUGACUGUAACUGGAGUUCCACCCCCAAGGAUCCUCGGAAACAGAAACUGCACAAAUGCAAUGCCUGUGGGAAGGGCUUCAGUCACAGAUCAGUUCUUGACAUUCACCACAGAAUCCACACAGGAGAGAAGCCAUACAAGUGUGAGGAGUGUGGGAAGGGCUUCAGCCGGAGUGCAUACCUUCAAGGCCACCAGAGAGUUCACACAGGAGAGAAACCAUACAAGUGUGAGGAGUGUGGGAAGGGCUUCAGCCGGAGUUCACACCUGCAAGGCCACCAGAGAGUUCACACAGGAGAGAAACCAUACAAGUGUGAGGAGUGUGGGAAGGGCUUCAGCUGGAGCUUUAACCUUCAAAUCCAUCAGCGGGUUCACACUGGAGAGAAACCCUAUAAAUGUGGAGAGUGUGGCAAAGGCUUCAGUAAGGCCUCAACUCUCCUGGCCCAUGAGAGAGUCCACACAGGAGAGAAACCUUACCAGUGUCAUGAGUGCGGCAAGAACUUUAGUCAGAAAUCCUACCUUCAAAGCCAUCAGAGUGUCCACUCUGGAGAGAGACCAUAUAUAUGUGAGGUGUGUGGGAAGGGCUUCAGUCAGAGAGCCUAUCUACAAGGUCACCUGAGAGUCCACACUCGAGUAAAACCCUACAAAUGUGAGGUGUGUGGGAAGGGCUUCAGUCAGGGUUCACGCCUUGAAGCACACCGGAGGGUCCACACAGGGGGGAAACCAUUCAAAUGUGAGACCUGCACAAAGGGAUUCAGUGAGAGUUCCCGCCUCCAGGCACAUCAGAGGAUCCAUGCGGAAGGAAGACCCUACAAAUGUGACCAGUGCGGUAAGGGCUUCAGUGGCUAUUCCAGUCUCCAAGCCCAUCACCGAGUCCACACUGGGGAGAAGCCAUACAAAUGUGAGGUGUGUGGGAAGGGCUUCAGUCAGAGAUCGAAUCUCCAAGCUCAUCAGCGCGUGCACACAGGAGAGAAACCUUACACAUGUGAUGCGUGUGGUAAGGGUUUCCGUUGGAGCUCAGGCCUUCUGAUCCAUCAAAGGGCCCAUAGCCGUGAUACAUUCUACAGGAGUGAAGAGUGUGAGAGCAGUUAUCCACCUGGGAACCUAUGCAGAAAUGAAGACCUGGCAACACCCACCCAGCGAAGCCUCCAGCCUGUGAGAAGGAAGAGGAAAAGCUUCAGCAUGACGGAGGCCAUCAGUUACAGCUUCAGCAUGAGGGAGGCCAUCAGUUCCAGAAAGAUGGUGGACAUAGAAUCGGAUGGGGCCAAGGUCCAGACCAUCGAGCAGCAGAACAUGGGACUGAGUCUGCAUCUCCGGGGAGAAGAGGGGCACCGCUGGCGUCGGCCGGUCCUCUCUAUCUGGGCUCUGCUUGAGACGGCGCUGCCCAGGAUUCCUGGACCCGUCUCAGCUGCUUGUGGAGCCCUGGAGAGAGUCGAGCUUCCCAGGGAAGCCCUGCCUUGUCUCAAAAGAGAAGAGAACAAUGACCAAGUUGCAGAGCAGUUUGGAUUGGGACUGAAGAUGCCCCUGAACUGUACUGCCCAGAAGGAGCCGGGCAUCGUCAGCUGUUCCCAGUACAGAGAGGCAGUGACGUUCAGGGAUGUGGCCGUGGUCUUCAGUGAAGAGGAGAUGGGGCUGCUGAAUGCUGCUCAGAGGAAGCUGUACCACGAUGUGAUGCUGGAGAACUUCCUGAACCUCCUGGCAGUGGGAAGUCAGAGUCCAAACAAGAUGGACACUCUUGACUCAACAGGAUUAAGGCACCUUUCACUGGGGUGGCUUCCAUGCUGGCAUAUGACAGGCCAUGAUGUCAAGAAACUGGCCAGCACUCCAGAUGUUGUAGUAAACAUUCAAGGAAAGAGUUCUCACUUCCUGGAGCACUGUCACUCCUCCUGCCAUGGGGGAACAGAAGAGCCUCUCCAGGUCUCCGAGGAUGAUGGCUGUCUGGAGAGUCUCACAAGCGAUCAUUCCAGCAUUACCGAAAAUCAGGAAUUUCUGUCUGGGAGGGCUCAGAGUUCUUGGAGUAAAGCACACUUUAGUGAGAGAUGGAACCAUGAGAAACACUGUCCUCAGACUCUGGUGAAAACUAAGUCUCAGCUGUUGGCUCUGGGUGUUGACAUUCUGAAUUGCAUUUCCCAUCAAGAUAACAAUAUACUGCAUAAAAGAGACAAAGUCCACAGCAGUGGUGACUGUGAUAAAGUCAUUUUCCCUAUGUCAUCCCUCACCCAGUCUCCUGUUUACACAGAACAGAAAGCCUACCAGUGCAACACAGGCCAAGAAGCCUUCAUUGACAGCCCCAGUCAGGAGACUCAGCAGGUUCUCUUAGGAAAUAAGUCCCCUGUACAUGGUACAUAUGAGGACACUAGUUAUACCUCCAGUGUCAUUCAACAAAGUGUCCAUCCAGGAAGAAAGCGUUACUGGUGUCAAGAGUGUGGCAAGGCUUUCAGUCAGAGCUCAAAUCUGCAGACUCACCAGAGAGUGCACACGGGGGAGAAACCCUAUACCUGCCCUGAGUGUGGGAAGAGCUUUAACCAGAGCUCACACCUGUAUGCUCACCUGCCCAUCCACACAGGUGAGAAGCCCUACUGCUGUGACAACUGUGGGAAGGGCUUCAGCCGAAGCACAGAUCUCAACAUUCACUGCCGAGUACACACUGGAGAGAAACCUUACAAGUGUGAGGUGUGUGGGAAGGGCUUCACGCAGAGGUCACACCUCCAGGCCCACGAGAGAAUUCACACAGGAGAGAAGCCAUAUAAGUGUGGAGACUGUGGCAAACGCUUCAGCUGUAGCUCAAACCUUCACACCCACCAGAGAGUCCACACUGAAGAGAAACCAUACAAGUGUGACGAGUGUGGGAAGCGCUUCAGCUUGAGCUUCAACCUCCACAGCCAUCAGCGGGUCCACACAGGAGAGAAGCCAUAUAAAUGUGAAGAGUGUGGGAAGGGUUUCAGUUCAGCCUCAAGCUUCCAAAGCCACCAGAGGGUCCAUACAGGAGAGAAGCCAUUUUGCUGCAGUGUGUGUGGAAAGGGCUUCAGUCAGAGCUCUUAUUUUCAAGCCCAUCAGAGAGUUCACACUGGGGAAAAACCAUACAGGUGUGAUGUGUGUGGGAAGCGCUUCAACUGGAGCUUGAACCUUCACAAUCACCAGAGAGUCCACACUGGAGAGAGACCAUAUAAAUGUGAGGAAUGUGGAAAAGGCUUCAGUCAGGCCUCAAAUCUGCAGGCCCAUCAGAGUGUCCACACUGGUGAGAAGCCAUUCGGAUGCAAUGCGUGCCAGAAGCGAUUCAGUCAGGCCUCGCACCUCCAAGCCCAUCAGAGAGUGCACACAGGGGAGAGGCCCUACAAAUGUGACACAUGUGGGAAAGCCUUCAGCCAGAGAUCCAAUCUCCAAGUCCAUCAGAUAAUUCACACCGGGGAGAAGCCGUUCAAGUGUGAGGAGUGUGGGAAGGAAUUCAGCUGGAGUGCAGGACUUACUGCUCACCAGAGGGUCCACACAGGAGAGAAACCCUACACAUGUCAGCAGUGUGGGAAGGGCUUCAGUCAGGCCUCACACUUCCACACUCACCAGAGGGUCCACACUGGGGAAAGGCCCUACAUCUGCAGCAUUUGCUCUAAGGGCUUCAGUCAGAGAUCACAUCUGGUCUACCACCAGAGGGUCCACAGUGCAGGGAAUCCCUAGGUUUGUUCUAUUAGGUGGGCUCCAUGCUGCUUUCCUCAAACCCAGAGGCUUCAGGAGACUUCACCGGAAUUAUCUCUUUUCUUUGGGAGAUCUUUUUGUUUUUGUUUUUGUUUUUUUUUUAUUUAUUUUAAUUUUUUUAAGACCAGAUUUCUUUGGCUGUCAUAGAACUUGCUCUGUAGACCUGGCUAGCCUUGAACUCACAGAGAUCCACCUGCUUUCGACUCCUGAGUGCUGGGAUUAAAGGUGUGUGCCCAGCUGGGAGAUCAGUUCCUUAUAAAGGUCAGAAAUUACGUAUAAGAAGAUCAUUGCUCUAUAAAUGUAUUGUUACCAUGUACAAGAGUUGUAAGGUUGCCACCCUCAGGAUAUGACGGAGCAGGAAAUCUCCGAAUCCAUCCAAGUCUCCAGAAAGGCUGCAGGAAGUACUUUAACCACAGCUGGUGACUGGCAGAACUGCCGUUGACUGAAGCAUCACUUCCUCAUAGGAAGCUCCUCUCUGUAUCUGCUGUGCAGAGCUGCAUGUGGCUCAGGACCCAGCCAUUCCUGGAGCAAGUUAGAAAAGCCACUGCAAGUAAGGCUCAAAUUUGAAAACACUUGUCAACCUUCAACCCUGCAUUCAUAUUGAUUCGUAUUCCCCAGUAAUCGUGUAAGGGACCAUUCGUCAGCUCCCUUGAGGCAUAGUGCUACCCAGUCAAGGCUGCAGUGUGUGACCUGCCUCUCUAGCAUGGUGCUUUGCAUGGCAUAGCAACUCUGUACUGGAUGAGUUUUAGUAUUUGUACUUAAUAGACUAAAACCAUGCUCUGUUUGAAAAUCCCAUUAUUUAUCAACCCAAUAAGGUGAACUGAAACUUAUGCGAUUGGAAUUUUGGGCCCUGAAUUCAUUGAGGAAAGAGCUUUUUACUGUAAUCAC